GCCACCAACAAACACACACAAACAGAAACACCUGUACACACACACAGACAUGUACAUACACACAUACAGAAACAUGUAUACACACGCACAGAGACACAUGUACACGCACACACACACAUACAAGUACAUGUAUACACACACAGGCACGUACAGACACGCAUACACACAGAUACAUGUACAUACACAGAAAUACACACGCACAGACACAUGUACACACAGACACAUGUACGUACAUACACACAAACACACACAUGUACAUGCACACAGACACAUGUACACACACACAUACAUGUACAUACACGCAGACACAUGUACAUACACACAGACACAUACACACACACACACACAUGUACACAUACACACACACACCCCCAUAAAAAGUUGCAGUACUUCGUUGUUCACUCACAGAUCCGGGUACUGCACUCUAGGGGGAGGCAGAGAGCACAGCACACACUCCUUCCUUUGCUUUCACUGCGCUCAGCUAUUGAGCAGUCUGACGGCUCCCAGUACCAAUGACAGAUCCGACCUGAGCUCCGAGCCUGCUCAGCAAGAUGGCCCUGGAGGACACACUCGCCCCCACCAUAAUUUCCACUCGCCAUUGGCGAGCAGGCAAGUGGAAAUUUCAAGC